UUUCAAGGAUACGACGAUGAUGACGACGUUGAUGACGACAACGAAGUUCAUAUGAAUACGGUAUUCCGUGAAGAGGAAGCUGGUGAAGUGGCGCCUGCAGUCGUCGAGAACACAACUGUCAUGUCCAAUUCGGCGAAGGGCGCAUUUGAUCGAGACACGCUCGUACUCGUUUAUAGUCUGCUACUAGCAAUCGCCGUAUUCACAUUGAUGUUUGCAUUGAUAUGCUUUAUAUGGUGCCGAAAAACUGGCCAUUUGACGAUCACCAAGCCCUCAUAUUAG